AUGGAUAAAUAUAAUGAAAAUAACUGUAUGAAUUCAAAUUUCCUAAAUUCUAACAGUAGUGAUGAAAAUGUGAAUAUUAAAAAUAAGAAGAAAACUUUUAAUGAAUUCAAAUAUGAUAAAGUUGUAAGUAAUGUUUUUUCCAUAUUUAAAAAAAAUAAUAAACAUAGAUAUAUAUCUACCUCUUCAGCAUUACGGAAUGAUAUUCAUGAACAAAAUUUAACUUCUCGUAUAUUUUUAGAUUUAUAUGAAGAUAGAGUAUUAUUAUUACAUAAAAUAUUAAAAAAAAUAAAUAUUUUAAAUUUAAUAUACUUUCGUUUUUUAAAAGAUGAUGACAUCGAAGAUGUUUUUGAUUUACAUAGGGAAAUAUUUCCUGUUAAAUAUCAUGCAGAUUUUUAUUUUAGUAUAUGUAAUUUUGAUGAUAAUAAAUCAGUAGAUGAUGAUAUUAUAAGAAUUAGUGAGAAAAUAACUAAUCUGUCUAGAAAUAAUAUAAAUAACAAAAAAGAUAUUUACAAUAAUUAUAAAGUUAAUGAUCAUAAUUCUUUGAAAAUAAACAAUAAUAAUUUAAAUAAUAAUGAUAUGAUAAAUGAAAAUACAAUGAAUAAUAAAAAUGUUGUGAAUUCAAUUAAUAAUUCAUUUAAAAUUGAUUUAAAGAAAAACGAUGAAAUAAACUUAAAUGAUAAAAAUUAUGAUGAUAAUAAUAUUACUAAUGAAAAAUUAACUUCAUCAGAAACUUUUAAUCCAUUAAAUAAUGAAAAUAACAAAAAAAAAAAAAUAAAUAAAAAAUGGAAAGAAGAACAAAUAUUUUCAGUAGGUGCAUUUUUACCAUAUUCAUUUAUUGAUUAUAUUAAUAGUAAUUAUAUCAGCAAACUAUUAAAAAAUAAAAGCAUAGAAAAAAUUAGUGAAAAAGAAAUUUUACUAGAUUAUAUAAAAUUUAUUGAUGAUAAUCAUAAUUAUUAUAAUUCCUUUAAUCAUACUCAUAUAAAUUCAUUUAAUUAUGAGGAUCAAAUAUUUAAAAGUUAUACAAAAUAUAACUCUAAUAAUCAAGAUAAAGAUAAAAUAAAUAGUAGUAAUAAUGUAGAAAAUAAAAAAUGCGAAGAGGAAAAAAUUUUUAAUGAAAAUAGUGAACAGAAUAAAAAGAUUAAUGCCUUAAAUCAUUUCGAAAAUGCAAAUAUUAAUUUUAAUAAUGAUAUAAAUCAUAAAAGACUCGGUAAUAAUAAAAAGGAAAUUGGCGUAAAUACAAAUGAGCAAGAUAUGUUAGAAAAAGAUGAUUUGCAAAUGUGUAAAAAAAGUAAUAAUAAUAACUUAAAUAAUAAUUUAGAAAAAAAUAAUUAUAAGAAAGAAGACAAUGUUGAUAAAUGUAAAUCAAUUAAUAAUGAUACAAACAGUAUUACGAAAAAUGAUUAUGUCAAUAAUAAUAAAAUUAAUUCAUUAAUCUAUGAUGAAAAAAUAAGUACUGUGUCAGAUUUAGAAGAAAUAAACAAUAAUACGGAUAGUGAUAGUAGCAAAAAUAGUAGGAAAAAUAGUAGGAAAAAUAUAAAUAAUUAUAACAAAACUGUUUGUUCUACAAAUAACACUAUACAUGAAAAUAAUAAUGAACAUACUGGUAGUAAUUCUGUAGAUAAAUAUUUUAAAAAUAAUAUGAAGGAAAAAAUAUGUUUAAGCAAAGAAAUAAUAAAUUUAUAUAAUAUGGGUAAAACAAAAACAAAAAAGGAUUAUUUAAUUGGAAGCAUAUCAACAUUGAUAAAUUAUGAGGAAAAUGUAAAAGAAAAAGAUUUUAAUAAUAUAUAUAAUUUUUUUAAAAAAAAAUCAAAUAAUUGUAAAAAAGGAAAAAAUUAUUUAAAGUAUGUUUAUGAUUCUUCUAUAAAUUUUUUAGAAAGUUAUUUUCCAGUAGAAAAAAAUGGUAAUAUUAAUGAAAAGGAAAAAAAAAUAGGAAAUUCGAAUAGUAUCGAAAAAAAAGAUGAAGUGUUAAAAAAUACAGAUAAUGAAUUAAAAGAUGAUGAGCAAAAUAGUUCAUCAUCUAAUAUGAGACAAACAGAAUACAAUAAUUAUAACUUAAUGAAAAUGGAACCACUAAUAAGUGUGAAUAACACAUUAAAUGAUUUAACUAUUUUAAAAAAAAAAAGUAUAAAUAAAGACCUAAAUUUUGAAAAAAAAAUAUAUGAAGAAAUAUAUAUGAAUAAAGGAAUUAAAAAAAUGGCAAAAAAAUAUAUAAAAAAAAAAAUAAAUAGUGUUUAUAUUUUAACAGUAGGAAUAAAUGAAUAUUUUAGGGGACUAUCUUUAGCAUCUUUUCUCAUUGAAUAUACAUUAUUUUUUUUUUAUUUUAUUAUAUUUAGAAUAUUUCUUUAUGAUAAAAGAUUUUAUUGUUAUGUUGAUAAUAAAUCAUUUUAUAGUUUAUCUUGUAAUUUAAAAGACGAACAUAAUGGAAUAUUUGAUGAGGGUGUAAUAAGUGAUGACUUCUCAGAUGAUUUCGAAUCCAAUUUAUAUGGUAAGAAUUUUGGUAUUUUUCAAGAAAAAAAACAUAUUGAUGAAAAUCAAAAUGAAGUAGAUGAGAAAAUUGUUAAUUAUACUGAAAAAGAAAUAUAUAAUAGCAGUAAAAAAUUCCAAAAAAUUGAUGAAUUUAGAAAAGGAGAAUUAAUUAAUGAAAUUGAUGUAAAUGAAAAAAAUUCUGAAUAUGAUGGAUCUAAUGAAAGUGAUAACAUGAAAAAAGGAAAAAAAAAUAUAAAAAAUAAUUUAUGUAAAGAAUUAAUUUGUAGCAGCAAUGGUGCUAAUGAUAAUGAUCACGAAUUAAAAUAUGAAAAGUGUUCAUUGAACAUAUAUAAUUUAAAUAAAACCAAUGAUUUUAAUGAUUACAAAUACAUAGGUAAAUAUAAUACGAUGAAUAAUAACACAUUUUUACAAAAAGUAAAUAAUUGUAAGGAAGCAAAAAAAAAUUACAGUAUUUGUAAUAGUAUAAUAAGACAUUGCUAUAAAAAAAUUAUAUCAAAUGACUAUUUACAUCAUUUAUAUGAUAUUAUUCACAAUAGAAAUUCGGAAAAUAAAAAAAUAGAUCAAAUAAAGAAAAAAGUUAAUUCUUUUCAUAUUUUUAAUUUUCCUCAAUUUAAAAAUCCUGUUUGUGGUGUUAGUAUAAAUAAUAAAAUAUUAAAUUUUUUUUUUAGUAAUUUUUCUGCCCACUACUUAAAAGACAGACCAUUUUUUCAUUUUACAAAUUCAAAAUGUAUGAAAUCAUCUUUACCUAGUGAUAAUGAAAAUAUCAAACUUCCAUUAUAUAUGUAUUUGCAUGUAAUAGAUUAUAAUAAAGCAGCUAUAAAUUUAUACAAUAAAUUAAAUUUUGAUUAUAUUUGUACAUAUGAUAAUUUUUAUGAAAUAAACAAAAUAUCCUUUUCUUCUUAUUUGUAUGCUUAUUUUUUUUAA